AUGAAUGAGAUGGACUUUGAAACAUGGGAAGGUUUAGCCAAUCUCACAUCCGACUCGACAUCCGCAGCUAAGAAAAGAGAGAUUUUACUUUACAUAAGAGCUUUAAAGUGCGAGGAUUCUUACUACAACACUAAUUCCAAUACAUCAACAAAUAUCGCCAAUGGCUCUAUACUGUCGGCCACCAACAACAACAACAACAAUUCCAAUGGCAGUAAUCUACAAAAUUCCAUAAAUACCACCACAUCUGGCAGCACUGGUGGCGCGCUCAUUAGCCAACAACAGCUGCAACAGCAGCAGCAACAGCAACAGCAACAAUGUGGCACAGUAGGAGGCAUGGUUAAUGUGCCCACUUCAAUAUCUGUGCAACAAUUUAAUGCCAUGAAUAUUGGUGGUAGUGCCACCAAUAGCGGCGCUGGUAAUGUUGGUGGUGGAGUAGUCGUUUCCAGUGGCACAAAUUGUGGUAAUAAUGGACAAGGAGGGGGCGGCGUUGGUGGUGGUAUUGGCGGCGGCGAUGCGUCACCCAUGUCAAACGUGCCACACUCACAAUCGGCGCCGCAUCAGCUGGGGCAACCGCCACCAUUGACCCCACUGGCGCAGCAUCAUCAAGCGUUGGCGCAACAGUUGCAGCAACGAUUUGCCAUAAGCAAUAAUAACGAACCCAGAAAAGACAAGACUGAUGCACCACACGGUGGUAAUGGCACACUAUCACCCAAUACCGAACAGCCAUCAUGUCAGAGUUCAAUGUUGCCACCACCAGGUGGCGGCCAAAGCGGUGGCCCGCAAUCGAAUCACACUCACGUGCAACACGUCAGUGGUGGUGGUACCGGUGGUGGCCAUGGCGGCAACGGAAAUAGUGGCAACACUUCUGGCAGUCGUGAUCAGCAUGACGGCGUACAUAUACAGAAUUCCAAAUUGGAACGUCCCAAUACGCUUGGCACCAACAAAGUGUCACGUCGUGUGAACAUUUGUUAUCAUAAUGAGCAUU